GCCACAACGAGCCUCGUGCAGUCAGCGAGCACACACCCCCUCCCUCCCUCUUGUUCGUCGUCGUUGUGCUCACAACAACCUCUUUACAACUCGUUCAUAACAAACCCCCUACUACCCCCUCCUUAACCCCCCCGCCCUCGCCCUUGACAGCCCAACGUAGCGCACGCGCCGCCUCGACCCACUCACUACACGACCCGGCAAAAAAAGGCAGCAGCACCAGCAACCAGCACCGCACACACACACACGCCAGACCAGGCCACCACGCACCAGAUCAGAUCUCCACCACAAAACCCCCAUCACUCAACAAUGUCGAGGGCACAGUUCCUGCGCGAGUACCGGCUCGUCGUCGUCGGCGGCGGUGGUGUCGGCAAGUCGGCACUGACGAUUCAGUUUAUUCAGUCACAUCGCUGCGCAACAACAAUACUGACUGGAUGCAGAUACGACCCUACCAUUGAGGACUCGUACCGCAAACAGUGCAUUAUCGAUGACGAGGUGGCCCUGCUCGACGUGCUGGACACUGCCGGCCAGGAGGAAUAUGGCGCGAUGAGGGAGCAAUACAUGCGGACAGGUGACGGUUUCCUCCUCGUCUACUCGAUCACGUCGCGCAGCUCGUUCGAGGAGGUGUCGACGUUCCACCAGCAGAUUCUUCGUGUCCAGGACAGGGACUACUUCCCUGUAGUGGUCGUUGCCAACAAGUGCGAUCUCGAGUACGAGCGUCAGGUGCAGCCUCAUGAGGGCCGUGACCUUGCCAAGCGUUUUGGCGCCCAGUGUAUCGAGACGUCGGCAAAGCAGCGUGUGAACGUUGACGAUGCGUUCGUCGCCGUGGUCCGCGCGAUCCGAAAGUUCCAGAGGCAGGAGACUGGCCCAGCGGCGACGGUCACCUCGAACAACGCGACCGGACGCCCGACCCAGGGCGGCGGCGUCCAGGGCGGCCCCCGCAACGAGCAGACUAAUGAUGAGCCCAGCACGGGUUGCUGCAGCGGCUGCGUGAUUCUCUAGACACGGCGGACGCAGCCGUAGCGUUGUUUGCGUUGUUUGUACAUGUCGUCGUCGUCGUCCCAAGGCAGCCUAACUCGGUGUUGGUAAUUUUUUUCUCUUCUUCUAAGCUCGACUUUCUUUUAUAUCACGUCUGUACAGAUUCCGCGUACAUGUCUAUGCAUACCAGCGAG